UUAAAUAUAAUUUCUUCUUCCCACCCCUUUUCAGGCAGGUAGUUGAUGUUGCAAUGUUACUUAGUUUUGCUGCUCUUUUUUUGUUACAUGAUUAUAUUAGCUGUAUAUAUUUGCUGUCUUGACAAGGAAUCAUGGCAUGAAAUAAACGAAUGAAAUGGAAAAACAUGUUGGAAUAGAUCUGCGUUGUUGAUUGAAAAACAUUAGAAUAUAACUAUAAACAGUGUUUUAAAUGUAAAUACAUAGAUAUAGAUGGAGUACAGUUGAUGUCUAAUUUUUUGAGACCUAAAAAAAACAAAACUUUCCCCACUUUUAUUGCUCAGUGUGUGUAUGUGUGUAUAAGUGUAUGUUGGACCUCAGUUGACUUCCUGUCGGGGUUGGCAGAGAUGCAGAUUGAAAACAGACGCUCUUUCUCUCUCUGUCCGUCUCCCUCUCUCUAUUUGUCCGUCUCUCUUUCCCCUCGCCUGUUCAGUCAGUGAGUCAGUUUGUUUCCAGUCACUCAGCAGCGGGAAGAAAAAGUGGCGAGAAAGAGACGCAGAAAAAGAGGAAAAUAAGAGACAAAAAGGGGGACCAGGAAGGAUAAGGUUUGAAGAAAACUUUCUUUUAAUAUUACUGGUUCGGGUACGGGUGAGAAAGCUUUAUUUCUCGUUGACUUUAUUUGUCAGAUGGACGACACUUUUUUUAAAAACUAGAUUCUUGAAUAUUAUGAUCAUCAGCAGUGGAGUUUCCAUAGGAGCAAGGACGAGAACGUUUGUUGAUGCUUUUAGCAGACACGUGUUGACUUGGCAAAAUUUGACUCCGCCUCCUUGGGGUUGAUCAUUUUACAUCGACUCAUCCUCAGCAAAGUUAAUAUGGCCAACUGAUGUCUGCUGAAUUGGGAGUCAUGCUGGUGUCCAACAGAGGACAAUUAGGAAGUCUGACGCUGCUGGGCAUCCUGUUGGGUGUGCUCCUGGUUCUUCCAAAAGGGGUCGUUAAUCUGGAGCUUACUCCACUUGCAUCUCAGGUUCUGCUGCAGUCUGACUCAAACUUCACUGUGGUGUGUUCUGGUUGGAGUGAGGUGUCAUGGCGCUUGCCAUGGCAGGAGUCUCAAGGCGGCAAUGUUGUGGUGGAGCAGCAGGGAUCCCGUAGCGUCCUUCAGCUCUUUAAUGUCACCUGGAGGAAUUCUGGGAGAUAUGCUUGUGAGGAGCAAUCCUCCGAUCAGAUCAGAGAGAUAGACAUAUUCAUACCUGGACAAGGUCCAGAUGAGUGGUUUGUACCAGUCGGUCCAGGUGUAGUAAUGAAGGACAAGGAGGAGGACACCAUCCCUUGCGUGGUGUCUAACCCUCUUCUGAAUGUCAGCCUGUAUGAACGCGGGGAUGGAAAUAAAAUUCUGGUAUCUGGACUGAAGUACGAGCCGGCUCGCGGCUUCACAGGAAGACUGAACGACUCCUCAUACAUGUGCAUAGCCUUCAACAGUUCUGAGAUGAGGCAGUCACAGGUUUACUAUGUCUUCAGCAUCGUUGUCGCCAGGGGCAUGGAGGUGGAACUGACUACGUCCAGCAGUGUGUUGACACGUGGACAACAGCUCAUCAUCAACUGCACCGUUAAAGACACUGACCUAGUCUUCUUCACCUGGAACUUCCCCCGCAAAGAGGAAUUCGAGCCACUCACAGAAUUUCUGCCCAAUCGAAUCCGUUCGUUCGUGAACAUCUCUUCGGUGACACUGGCAGACUCUGGGGUGUACGUGUGCGCAGUGCAGGAAACACUACAUGGACGACGGGUAGAAAAAAACAUCACAGUGACCAUACUAGAUCGUGGUUACGUUUCUGCGCGUGCGACCCAUGAGAACAACAUUAUGACAUUAGUUGGCCACACAGUGGUGCUGAGGGUGGCGGUGGAUGCUUACCCCUCACCCACUGUUGAGUGGCGCAAAGACAACAGCAGCAUUGUUGUUGCUACAGGAACGACUGCUAUGUCCAAAACACAUGUGACAGCCGACAGAUACGUCAGUACACUGACCUUGGUGAGGGUUCGCUUGGAGCAGACAGGAAGUUAUACGGCCAGAGUGUACAAUGAAGAUGAUCAGGAAGAGGUUGUCUUCUACAUGCAAGUGAAAGCACCCGCAAGGAUCACCUCGCUGAUGGAAACAAGCUCUCAAUCUAUAUUGUGCAUCAGCGAAGGAGCACCGCCCCCUUCUGUCACUUGGUUUACGUGUCACAGUGCACAUGGGUGCACUAAUGGGACGGGUAGCUGGACCAGGCAAUCCGUGGCUUCUGCGGGCGUGGUUCUGCAGGAGAACAUCACUGUCCUGGAGGACAGUGGCCUAUCCCAGGUGCGCAGUGUGCUGAUGCUGGAGACCACGACGACCUUGACUGCAGUUCGUUGUGAGGCCUCAAACUCUGUGGGGCGAAGAGCUAGGGACCUUAGACUGGUGACCACUUCUCUUUUGUCUCAGGUGGCCAUGUUGGUGCUGGUUCUGGUUCUAGUCAUCAUCGCCCUCAUCUUCCUAGUCAUACUCAUCAUCCUGUGGAGAAAAAAACCUCGCUAUGAAGUCCGCUGGAAGCUUAUCAGUUCUGUAAGUCCUGAUGGCCUGGAGUACACUUACCUGGACCCUGCCCAGCUGCCCUAUAAUACCUCCUGGGAAGUACCAAGAGACAGUGUAGUACUAGGCGAGGUGUUGGGCUCAGGAGCUUUCGGUCGAGUGGUGGAAGCCGAUGUGUCUGGUCUGCUCCAUGACGGAAGAACCACCAGAGCUGCCGUCAAAAUGCUCAAAUCCAACAGCAGCGCAAGUCAGUCAUUGUUGUCUGAGUUGAAGGUUUUGUGCCAUCUGGGUCCUCAUGUCAACAUCGUCAACCUGCUGGGAGCAUGCACAACGGGAGGUCCUGUUUAUCUCAUCACUGAGUUCUGUCGCCACGGUGACUUGGCCAACUACCUGCGAUGCCACAAACAAACUUUUAGAAACUGCAGUGCUAAUGCAAAGAGAGAGGCAGAUGGAGGUUACAUGCACAUGAGCAAGCAGGACGGGGGAGACACCAGCAGGAAGGACUACGCUGAGUCAGACAAUCAGGACGAGUCAUUGCCUCUCCUGAGCAAUUCUCCCAUCUUGGAGGUCAGUGACCUUCUCAGCUUCUCCUUCCAGGUCGCCCACGCCAUGAAUUUUCUGUCUUCGCGCAAUUGCGUCCACAGAGACUUGGCGGCUCGGAACGUUCUGGUGUGUGAGGAGCGGCUGGUGAAGGUGGGCGACUUUGGCCUGGCUCGAGAUCUUCUCAAAGAUCAGGACUACGUGGCCCGAGGACAUGCAUUGCUGCCACUUAAGUGGAUGUCCCCGGAGAGUAUUUUCCAAAGUGUUUACUCCUCCCAAAGCGAUGUCUGGUCCUAUGGAGUUCUUCUUUGGGAGAUCUUCUCUUUGGGUGAGAGUCCAUACUCGGAGCUCCCCAUGACACACCAAUUCUAUGCUGCACUGAAGAGAGGUCAUCGCUUGAUGCGGCCACAACACGCCAACUCCAACAUUUACGACGUGAUGCAAACAUGUUGGAACGAACAUUCCGGUUCAAGGCCAUCGUUCUCGUCCUUGGUGGUGUCCCUGGACGCCAUGUUGCCGGACGAAUGCAGAAAAACAUACACCAGGCUGACUGACAGCUUCCUGUCAGGUGACCACCCAGCCGUCGUCCGAUCCCGAAUAAUGUCCGCGGCCGCCAGUAUGGCGAGCGACCGGAAUGGUACAAGUCCCGCUCCUGAGGCGACUGUUCACCUGUUAGAGGCAGGGUUGGAGGAGGCAGGACCUUCCCAUGGCGAAUACAUUCUUCCUGUCAGCGUGAUGGCAAGCAACGGUGGUGACACUGCGCUGGACGCAGUCAGAGCUGAUGAGUCGCCGCCCGCACAGGAAGUGACAUCGUCAGGUGAAACGGAGGAGGAAAGCUGCAUGUAAGAAGCUUCUGCUACAUACAGUGGGGCAAAUAAGUAUUUAGUCAAAGACCAAUUGUGCAAGUUCUCCUACUUGAAAAG